AUGGAUUUCACGGAGGUGUACAGUGACUCAGUGGGAAGCAUCUCUUUAGCGGCUCGCUCUGGGUCUUUGGUCCAGGUCCGUUCCCUUAUCCGGUCUGGACUCAGUCUGGACGUGAAGGACAACCGUGGCUGGACCUGUCUCCACGAAGCUGCUGCUCGAGGGCACAAGGGCUGCGUCCGGGAGAUCCUCACAGCUGCAGCCUCGUCGUGUCUGGAUCUCUGUGCUUUUGUGAACGCUCAGACCCACGAAGGAGAGACCGCCGUGUUCCUGGCCUCUGGGACCGGUUCUGUGCCCGUGGUGAAACUCCUGCUGAAGGCCAAGGCAGACCUGAACCUGCAGACCAACGAGCUGUCCAGCCCCCUCUACUCUGCUGUGGACAGAGGACACUCAGAGAUGGUGCAGUUGUUACUGAGGAGAGGAGCAGAGGUGAACAGGAGCCACACUGCCUCCUGCUGGACAUGUCUGCACCAGGCAGUGUACAAGGACCACAGGGACCUGGUGCUGCUGCUCAGUGAGGUGUGUGACCUUGAGGCUGUAGACGAUCACCGCAUCACACCUUUGUUUGUGUCAGCGCAGUACGGACGCGUCCAUUGUCUGAGGGCGUUGCUGCGGAAAGGAGCCCGGGUGGACGCCCAGGCAGCAGACGGAGCCUCCCCUCUGCUCCUCGCAUCUCAGGAGGGUCAUAGCCUCUGUGUUGAGGAGCUGCUCUCUCAUGGAGCUGAUCCAAACCUCAGCUGUAGCAAAGACUGGAGGCAACUACCUUUGCAUGCAGCCGCACAGUUUGGACACACCAGGAUCUUGAGGAGGCUCCUCCCCAUCACUGACCGCUCCAUAGGCCACGCUCCCGGUCAGGUGAGCCCUCUGUACCAAUGUGUGCAGACUGACCAGCAGGAGGCGCUACAAAUGUUGCUGAGGCAUGGUUACAGUCCAGACGCCCAGGACUGUGAGGAUCUGCUAGGCCUGAGGUGUCCCCUGAGCCAUGCUGUGGCUCUGAGUCCACACAAGGGGUCCAGAUUGGUCCAGAUCCUGCUUGGGUCUGGAGCCACCAUCUUCAGUGAAGUCUGGGAUCUGGUUUUACAAUCCCCAACGCCACACCUGCUCCAGAUGGUCCUGGACUACAGGUCUGUCCCGGGACCUCCAGGCCCAGGAGACAGUCCCGGUUGUGGAUCCAGGAGGGACUUUGGUGUGCAGGAGCUGGCCUCCCUUACAGACCAGUGCCUGAACCACACUGGGACCGGUCUGGUCUGGAUGCCUCUGCUGCUGAGAGCCGGACUGGAUCCGCGUACUCUGCUCCAACACCGGAUGUUUUGUGAGGGCCCUGCUCCGGUCUUAAACUUACUACUUCAGGUCUUGGACUGGUCUGGUCUGAGUCCGGAUCUGAGACGAGUCCUGGACCAGAGACGAACCGAGAUUGGGACCAACUGGGAUUCAUUCACACUCUUCGACUCAGCGCCCUCGCUGGCCCACUUGAGUCGGAAACCACUUGCAGCAAUUCUUGUAGGAGGAGGAAAAAUAUCUGAGGCCCGCAUGGAGGAGGUGCGCUCGCGGCCCUACAUCAUCCCCGUCCACCCGGGUGGAGACAUGAGCCGCCGCAGAGACUCCGGAGUAUGGAACCAAACCCGCAGUCUGCUCUACAAGAACCUCCUGAUCAAGUGGAGAGCCAAGCAACAGUCUCUGCACGAGCUGCUGUUGCCUCUGCUUCUCCUCGGCCUCCUCAUCCUCAUCAGUACUCUGAACCCUCAUGUGUACUAUGGGAGCGUGGGAACCAUGGAGCUGGAGCAGGACACGCCGUUCCUCAAGGUUCUGGGCUACACUCCCAUCAACAACAUCACCUCCAGCAUCAUGGAGGAGGUGGCCCAGGAGCUGCACGUGGAGGAGCACCUGGAGAUGUUUGCCUCUGAGGAGGACCUGGAGAACGCCUCUCUGUAUGAACCUUCCAGUUUUGUGGGAGUCGUGUUUUUGGACAAAACCGCCACAAAAUACAGGCUGAGGUUUCCCUACAACCAGCUGCCUUUGCCCAGUGACUACACCGAGACAUUUUCCAACUGUCUGUCCAGCUCCACAAACUGCAGAGCCGCAAACUACUGGUACACAGGCUUCAGCCGCCUGCAGGCUCUGAUCGAUGCAGCCAUCAUCCAGAUGCAGACCAAGCGCUCGGUGUGGGUGGAGCUGGACUUCCGUGUGGUCAUGAUGGGGCAGCCUGGAUCGGUGGAGGUGCAGAAGUUCCCUCACGCUCUCAUUGCCAGCUACCUGGUACUGGCCUUCACGCCCUUUGUCACCUUUCUCAUUGUCAACGUGGCGGCAGAGAAGGAGCAGAGGCUCAAGGACACCAUGAACAUGAUGGGACUCCACGACAGCGCCUUCUGGUCGUCGUGUUUCCCUCGUGUGUGUUGUGUUGUCCUCUGCCCUCUGCAGGAUGUGUCUCAUGUGGUGUUAUACUGCCCCCUCAGGUUGUCGUGGGGACUGCUGUACGCGACUCUGGUCUCCUCCAUGUCUGUGUUGAUGGCUGUGAUCGCCACGUACACAGCCCUCUUCCCCAACAGCCACUUCCUGGUGGUGUUCCUGCUCAUCUUCCUCUACGGCCUCUCCUCCAUCUCCUUCUCCUUCAUGCUGACUCCUCUCUUUAAGAAGCCUAAGUUUGCCAGUACCGUGGGCUCCUUGCUCACCGUGGUGUUCGGCUGCAUGUCGCUCUUCACCAUCCUCAUCCCAGACUUUCCCCAGCCGCUGGUGUGGCUCCUGUGUCUGCUGUCGCCCAGCGCCUUCUCCAUCGGCAUAGCACAGGUGGUGCAGCUGGAGGCUCAGGGCGAUGGAGCAGUCUUCUCCUCGCUCCUGAACGGUCCUCAUCCUCUGUUUGUGCCGCUGCUCAUGCUGCUGCUGGACUGUGUGCUGUAUCUGCUGCUGGCUCUCUACCUUGACCAAGUACUACCAGGAGAGUUUGGGGUGCGGCGCUCGCUUCUCUACUUCCUGAAGCCGUCCUAUUGGUCCAAACGCAGCAGACGCUACGUGGAGGUGAACUCCGGCUGUGACUCCGAGGCCAACGGAUCCACCAGGGGCGCUGUCCCCAUCGAACCAGUGUCCGCAGAGUUCAGAGGGAAAGAGGCCAUCAGGAUAAACAACAUUCGUAAAGUGUACAAGGAGAAGGACUGCACUGUGGAGGCUCUGAGAGGCCUGAGCUUCGACAUCUAUGAGGGUCAGAUCACAGCUCUUCUGGGGCACAGUGGUGCAGGGAAGUCCACCCUCAUGAACGUUCUGUGUGGAAUCUGCCCGUCGUCCUCUGGCACCUCCUCCGUCUAUGGUUCUCCUCCCAGUGAGGUCAGCGAGGCCCAGGACCUCAAGCACCUCCUGGGGAUCUGUCCCCAGUUCAACAUAAUCUUCGACCUCCUCACCGUGAAGGAGCAUCUCACCACCUUCGCCGCCAUCAAGGGGAUUCCACGCAACCAGGUGGAGGAGGAGGUUUCUAAGGUUCUGAGGGACCUAGACCUGGAGAAGAUCCAGACGGCUCAGGCCAAGAACCUGAGCUGUGGCCAGAAAAGGAAGCUCUCUGUGGGUAUCGCCAUCCUGGGAGACCCCAAGAUCCUGCUGCUGGAUGAACCCACUGCAGGUAUGGACCCCUGCUCACGGCACCAGGUGUGGUCAGUGCUCCGUAGCCGGCGUGCCGAGCGGGUCACAGUCUUCACCACACAUUUCAUGGACGAGGCCGACAUCCUGGCAGAUCGUAAAGCUGUGAUCUCCCAGGGGCAGCUCAAGUGUGUGGGCUCCUCUCUGUUCCUCAAGACCAAGUGUGGAGUGGGCUACCACCUCAGGAUGUCCGUCUCUGAAGUCUGUGAUUUGGACAAAGUCUCGUCUCUGGUUCAGAAACACGUGUCUAAAGCCAAACUGUCCCAACGUCACGAGAGCGAGCUGACCUUCACUCUGCCCUUUGAGAGCGUGGACACUUUCCCAGGUCUGUUCUCGGAGCUGGACUCCACACCAGCGCUGGGCAUCACUCACUAUGGAGUUUCCAUGACGACGCUGGAGGAUGUGUUCCUGAGGCUGGAGGCCGAGGCAGAGGUUGACCAGGCUGACUACAGUGUGUUCCAACAGUCUCCUCCUGAGGAGGAUACAGACUCCUGCUCUGUGGACGACAUGGACCAGAGGCUCCUGACCUUCUCUCAGGCUGAGGUCAAAGGUCACGCUCUGUGGAGGCAGCAGUUCAGCGCUGUGGUCUUUCUACACAUGCUCAACAUGAGGCGAGAGAGGAAGGCCUUCAUCUACACUCUGGCUCUCUUCCUGAUCUUCGUGGGGGCGGUGUUGGUUCUGUCGCUAGUCACUGGGAACAUUCGGAUCCUCUCUCCAGACCGAGAGUUCACUCCUCUGUAUCUGCUCAAGAAGAACCAGGCUCCUCGUCCAUACCACACCAGCCUGCUGCUGCAGAACUCCACAGACUCAGACCUCUCUGACCUGCUGCAUCAUCUCCAGUCCUUGGAUCUUCAGGUGGAGAUGAUGAAACAGACGGACUUCAUGUCUGCAGCUCCUCACAGCGCUGCCAUCAACGUGACGGGCUCCAACAAGGGCUUCCGCUUCACCCUGGCCUUUAACAGCACCACUGUCCACUCUCUGCCUAUGACUGUGAACGUCCUGAGCAACGCUUUGCUACGGAGUCUGAACGGAUCCUCACGCAUCCGCACCUGGACCAAACCUUUUGACUAUAAAAUCCCAGAUGCCACAUCGUACGCCCUGGUUUACAUCGAGUCCAUCAUCCUGGGCAUGCUGGCCGCUGGGAUGCCCGCCUACUUCGCCAUGGACCACACCAGAGACAGAGAGCUGAGAUGUAGGUCCACCCUGAGGAUCUCUGGCCUCCUGCCCUCUGCGUACUGGUGUGGUCAGGCGGCGGUGGACAUCCCGUUUUUCUACCUGCUGCUGUCCUCCAUGACCUCCAUCCUGUUCUCCUUCCACACCGCCUCUCUGCCCAGCUCCAGCAACCUCACUGCAGUGGUCCUCUGCAUCAUUGGCUUUGGUCCGUCUAUGAUCCUAUUCACGUACGUUGUGUCGUUCGGCUUCACUCGGGUGCAGAGCAACAGGGACUUCUUCUCUGUCAUCUCCAUGAUGGUGUGUGUGGUGUCUGCGUCGCUGGUGCAGCUCGGCUUUGUAAACAAUAGUCCAGCUCUGACCAGAAACCUCCACAACGCUCUGUGUCUGUUCAACCCACUGUACCCCCUGAUGGGCUGCCUCAACUCCAUCACCAAGGAAACGUUCCUGUCGCCUCUGGAUGAAGACCAGUCGUUGUGGAAGAACCUGCUGAUUGCAGUGGUGGCUCCUUACCUUCAGUGCAUUGUGUUGCUGUUCGUCCUGCGCUGGAUGGAGAUCAGUCUGGGAGGCAGCACCAUGAAGUCAGACCAGCUCUGCAGGAUUUCGUCAAAGUCCAAGUUGAAGAAGGAGCGCGUCCCAGAGGAGACUGAGAACGAGGACGAGGAUGUGAAAGCAGAGAGAGCCAGGGCCAAGGAGGCCAUGAACUGUCAGCCCUGUGAAGAGAAACCUGUGGUUGUUGUCAGCAACGUGAGCAAAGUCCACAGAGGGAAACAAGAAGGAUUCUCCUUCAGCAAGUCCAGGAAAUUGGCGGCGAAGAAUGUGUCCUUCUGCGUGAGGAAAGGAGAGGUCCUGGGUCUGCUGGGUCCCAACGGAGCCGGCAAGUCCACCAUCAUGCACAUGCUAUCAGGAGACACCCAGCCCACGUCUGGACAGGUCUACAUGGGAGACCUGCCUCUGGACCAUGUGGGUUACUGUCCUCAGCUCAGUCCUCUGUGGCCCAGGGUCACUCUGCAGGAGCACCUGGAGAUCUACGCCUCUGUGAAGGGAGUGAGAGGAAAGGAUGUACCAGACAUCGUCAAAAGAGUGGUGGAGGCGCUGGAGCUGAAGGACCAUCUGCACAAACAGGCCAAGACUCUGUCAGUGGGGACCAAGAGGAAGCUGUGUUUCGCUCUGAGCAUGCUGGGAAAUCCUCAGAUCGUGCUACUGGACGAGCCCUCAUCCGGGAUGGAUCCCAAGUCCAAGCAGAGGAUGUGGCGUGCUAUGCGGUCGGCCUUCAGGGGGCAGCAGAGAGGCGCUGUCCUCACCACACACUAUAUGGAGGAGGCUGAGGCGGUGUGUGACCGUGUGGCCAUCAUGGUGUCAGGACAGAUCCGGUGCAUCGGGUCCAUCCAGCACCUCAAGGGGAAGUUUGGCCGCGGUUACAGUCUGGAGCUGAAGCUCAGGGACGACCUCACGGGGCUCCAGCAGGUGGCGCUGCUGCACAAAGAGAUACAGAGGGUCUUUCCCCACGCUGUCAGACAGGAGAGCUUUGCCACUCUGAUGGUUUAUAAAAUCCCGAUGGAGGAUGUGAAGUCUUUGGCCACAGCCUUCUCUGAGCUGGAGAAAGCAAAACAAUCGUUUAACUUUGAAGAAUACAACUUCUCUCAGUCCACUCUGGAGCAGGUGUUCCUGGAGUUUGCGAAGGAGCAGGAAGGUGAAGAAGAUGAGAUCGGAUCUCUGAGCACUCACUUCCACUGGACACGAAUGAAAGACGAGACCAGUCACAACGAGAGCAUCGUGCAGCAGCUCUGA